UUUCAGCUCCCAGUCCUGGAACAUCAGCUGACGGAGGUGGUACUUCUGUUUCUUAUUGGUUUAGAUUACAGGCAGAAGUACAGAGACCAUGUAGCAAGAGAGUUCUGUACGUUUAAAGAGGUGAACACUUGCCUCGGUGAGAACAUGACUCUAAGCAGCAGAUAUGCAAAGCUGAUGAUGGUUAUAAAGACUCAGAACACAACUGAACAAGAACAUGAGGUCCUGUGUCUCAGACAGAGACAUGAGGAGGUCAGAGGAGAAGGUGCUAAACGUACCAUCACUGCAGAAAUGCUUUUUCAUCCUGAUAAAAGAGGGCAAAUACCACAGAUCAUUGUGCUGGUGGGAGCUGCAGGUAUUGGAAAGACAACGACAUCAAGAAAGAUCAUGUUAGACUGGGCAAAAGGAGCCCUUUAUGCACAGUUUGACUAUGCUUUCUACAUAAGCUGUAGAGAGAUCAACCUUUCUCAGCAAGAGGACUUGCUGAGUCUGGGUGACUUGAUGUCAGAUUGCUGUCCUGAUCAACGGGCACCACUUGGCAAGAUCCUGGCUAGUCCCCAGAAGCUUCUGUUCAUCAUUGAUGGCUUUGACGAACUGAGGUUUUCCUUGGAUCAACCGAAAUGUAAAUUAUGCUCAAGUGCUGAGGAAAAGAAGCCCAUAGAAAUUAUUCUGAGCAGUUUAUUGGAGAAGACUCUCCUUUCGGAGUCUUCCUUACUCAUCGCCACAAGACCAACAGCUCUUCAAAGUCUGGGGCAGUGUUUAAAGACAGAGUGUUUUGUAGAGAUACUGGGUUUUUCAGAAGCUGAGAGGGAGGAAUAUUUCCGCAAGUUCUUCAUGGAUGAAGACAAAGCAAGAAAAGCAAUUAGCUUUGUCAAAAGAAAUGACACUCUUUUUACCAUGUGUCUUGUACCCAUCAUGUGUUGGACCGUCUGCACUGCCCUUGAACAAGAACUUGAUGAAGGGAAUGAUCUUUCCCACCCUUCUACAACAAUCACAGAGCUGUAUGUGUCCUACCUUUCCAGAUUACUCAAGUGUGGGAAAGAAGAUCUGAAGCAGGAUCUGAAGAAGUUCCUGGGCAGACUUUGCUGCCUGGCUGCUGAUGGGAUCUGGAAGCAGGAGAUCCUGUUUGAGGAAAAGAUCAAGGAACAUGGCUUAAAUCACCAAGUUCUAUGCUCCCUUUUUCUGAGUGAGAGUGUUCUAAGAAAAGGUAGGGAGUGCGUGAAUGUCUACAGCUUCAUUCAUCUGAGCUUUCAAGAGUUUUUUGCAGCGUUUUUCUAUGCACCGGGGGACGGUGAAAACACAAGGGAACACUCAGGGACUCCUGAGAAGAGAAUAAAUAAUAUAUUUCACUGUUUGUUUGAGAGUCAAGAAGAAACAUUUGUGAGCAAUGCAUUGGAGCAUUUCACGGGGAUUGUUCUAAGAGACAUCAGCCUAACCCAAUUUGAUCAAAGGGUUCUCUCAUUCUGUGUCAAACCCUGGAAGGGACUGGACUCCCUUCAUCUUGAAUGCCUGUGGCAGUGCCAGCUCACCAGCCGCGGCUGCAGGAACCUGGCCGCCGUGCUCAGCACCAGCCGGAGCCUGCGGGAGCUGGACCUCAAGACGGGGGUGGGAGACACUGGGGUGCGGCUGUUGUGCGAGGGGCUGAAGCAUCCAGCCUGCCUGCUGGAGAGACUGCGGUUGUGGGCGUGUGAAUUAACCAGUGCUGGCUGUGAGGACCUGGGUGCAGUGCUCAGCACCAACCAGAGACUGAGGGACCUCGACAUUGGUGAUAACAAGCUGGGAGAUGCCGGGGUGCCGUAACUGUGUGAGGGGCUGAAGCAUCCCACCUGCCAGCUGGAGAAACUGCGGUUGCAAUAUUGCCAGCUGACCAGCACUGGCUGUGGGGACCUGGCCACUGCGCUCGGCACCAGCCUGAGUUUGCGGGAGCUAGACCUGGGUGAUAAUGAUUUUGGAGACGCUGGGGUGCGGCUGCUGUUCGAGGGCCUGAAGCAACCCACCUGCCGGCUGGAGAUCUUGGGGCUGCAGCACUGCCAAAUCACCAGCACCGGCUGCGGGGACCUGGCCACUGUGCUCAGCGCCAGCCCGAGUCUGCGGGAGCUGGACCUGGGUAAUAAUGACGUUGGGGUGCGCCUGCUGUGCGAGUGCGAGGGCCUGAAGCAUCCCUCCUGCCGGAUGGAGAAACUGCACUGUGACAAGAUCCGUUGUAUUUCUGAUUUGCUGUACCCGCAGGUUGUGGUGGCCCAAGCUCACCAGCGCCUGCUGUGGGGACCUGGCUGCAGCGCUCAGCACCUGCGGGAGCUGCACCUUGGUGGAAACAACCUGGGAGAUGCUGGGAUGCGGCUGCUGUGUGAGGGGCUGAAGCAUCCCGCCUGCCGGCUGGAGAAGCUGCGGGGCUGCUGGGUGGCCGCAUCCCGCACAGGGGCUGACGACCCCCGGCUCCUCUCUGGGGCAUCUUCCCUGCAGACUGCAGCGCUGCCAGAUCACCAGGGGGACCUGGCCGACGCACUCGGCACCAACCAGAGCCUGCGGCAGCUGGACAUCAGCACUAAGCACCUGGGAGAUCCUGGGGUGCGGCUGCUCUGCAAGGGGCUGAAGAAUUCUACCUGGCAGCUGGAGAGCGUCCAGUGA